AAAAUAUUACAGGGUUAGGCCUAAUCACAUGUUGAACAUUGAACAUUGCAAUUUUUUCUCCCUUUUAUCAUCUUAUCGGCAUCAUUCAAGUCUUUUUUUAUAUCAAAUUGGUUGAAACAGUUAAACAAGACAUUAUCUUAUUACACUGUACAUGUGAAUAAACGUGUCCAACCGGAUAUAUUGCUUUUUUAAUUGUCAAAACGAUCAAACUUAAAACUUGUUUCCAUCCAAAUCCGUCAAUAAUAGGAUAGAAUCAGUUCAAAUCAACUUGGUUGACCAUAAGAGACAGUGUAAUUGUGCCAAACCAAACGCUUAGUUGUUCUUCUUCCUCCCUUCUUCCUCUUCUUCCCUUGAUCCUUUCAAUUCUCAUUCGUAUUCUGUUUCUUGUGAUUGUGUUUCAUCUGGUGAUUACAACGGAUUACCAAUUGACAAGUCUUUUCCGCAACACCAUCUCAACUAUCAGCAUAAUCCAAAUAAUUGUUGUGAUUCACAAAUCAAGAAUCCACAAGUCAAAUACUGCAACGCUUGUUCUAUCGGUUGACUUUAACUCCAAACGAUUGUAGACCAUCUUUUUGAUUUUUAACUGAAGAAAUCUCACUCGGUGAAAAACAAGUGUCUAAGAAAGUUAUCCACAAGAAGAUAGAUACAAGGAUACACUCAAAUACAAGAAAAUAACAAUUAAAAAUAAUAAUCACACAACAGAAAAGGAUUAAAGGAUUACAAGUGAAGUCAUCAGCUGAAACAAAAGUCAAAAAGGAGGGAAAAAUAGUGAUAAGACAAAAUCAAAUAUUCAACUUGUUAGUAAGCCAAAGAUUUAUAAAAGAGAGGCAAAUAUAAAAAAAGAGUUAACUAACAUUGCUGUUGUGAUGACUUUUUCUCCGAUCAAUUGGUUAUCUUUCAUGGCCUUUCAAGUACUUUUCUGUUACCUUUCACCUUUUCCAACCAUCAUUAGUCUAUCAACAUCUCCAAAUGAUCUGACAACUUGGGAAAACAUCUUUCAAGAUCGAAGUGAUGAUGAAUGGCGAGCUUUAUGGCAUACAGAGCGUCAUAGAAGAUGUUAUCAAGAAUUGGAGUCUCACAUGAAAUGGGUUUGUAAUAAGGAUAUUUAUAAAGUUAAAAAAUCAGACUCUGAAAUUGAAACAGUAUCAUCACCACAUAGAGAACCUCGAGGUAUAUUCGAGGGUCGUCAUUAUGAUGCAUUCAUAAGUAAAGAGAGAGCACUCAAUCUGUUAGGUCAAACGGCAACUUCAGUGCGUCGGAAAAGAGGAAUCAUCGAUGAAUGCUGCCAUGGAGCCAAUGGAUGUUCCUGGGAGGAGUAUGCAGAAUAUUGUACUCAUAAUAAUCGGAUAAGAGCUUGAAAUAUACUUUCAUGAAUAGAUGAUUAAAAC